AUGCUAGAUCCAGCAACUCUUUCACCGUUAGCAAUGUUGAAAGAACUCUCCAUUGACAACAAUUCCAUCAGUCUGAUCCAGGAUUUUUACUUUAACUCCAAUUUAGCAUCAUUGAAGAUUUUAAAGUUAGCAGGUAAUAAUUUAACACAUAUUGGAAAGAACUAUCUUACAGGCUUGGUUUCUCUUGUAGAACUGAAUCUUUCUAACAAUAACCUGGCAGAAAUAAACGGUCACGAAUUCAACUCAUUAUUGUCACUUACUACACUGGAUCUGUCAAGCAAUAAAUUAACAACUCUUCGGGCAAAGAUAUUUAAUGACAUGCCUAAUCUGCAGAUGCUUAAUCUGGAAAACAACAUGAUUGUCAGUAUCGCAGAACAGUCAUUCUUGGGGACAGGUAUAAUGUCUAUAAAUCUGAAUUCAAAUUCCUUUCUUGAUAUUCCAACACUAAGUAUUCAGUAUGUUGCAGAAACAUUAACAUCCUUAAAGCUUGCGGAAAACCAUAUAAUAAAACUUGAUUCCAACAGCUUCAGUUCACUUAGCCUAGAUGUUCUAGAUAUAAAUAGAAAUCGUAUCACAUAUAUUGAUGCUAUGGCCUUCAACAGUAGCCUCAUCACUAUCUGCAAUUUGGAAGACAAUCAAUUGCAAGACCUGCCAGCCGAACUUGAUGAAUUCUUCUCCUCUUCACAAAGUGUAUACAUUGGUGGAAAUCCGUGGGUCUGUGACUGCAAUUCGUUGUGGCUUGCACAGUUCAUCAGAGAUGCAGGUUCCAGUUUUCUGAAAUACAAACAGUCUCAGAAUGCUCUGGACCCACAGUGCUUUUCUCCAAAGUCCUUUCAGAACAUGACACUGGGAGAGACUGCUUCUGACCUCGAAUCUUUGUGUGUUACAACGACAACAUCAGUGGUAAGUUCCACCAUGGGUAUCAGCACAACAACACCCACUGAUACAUUGCCUGUCACAAAUUGGUCUCCAGGAUCGAAAUUUGAAACUUCAUUGCCAAAAUCCUCUUGUCCGUCUGAGUGUUCUGUAUGUGAACGCGAUGUUGUAACAGGUGAUGUUUUUAAAGUCAAAUGUACUGGAAUAAACCCAAUAUACAUUCCAGAUACAGUUCAAGAAAUGGAACUAUCUAAUUAUUCUGUACCAGAUGGGGUCCUCAACAAAGAUAUUUUGGCAAAUAAAUUACACCUCCAAUAUCUGAUGCUUGAACAGUGUGGAAUAAACACCAUUGCCGGCGAUGCGUUUCAAAAGCUGUCUUCGCUGUCGAGAUUAUAUCUAAAUGGUAACAAUAUAUCAGUUAUAGGGUCUGGAACCUUCCAAAACCUCAAUGGUCUGAAGGAACUAAAUUUGGCAGGUAACUCUUUAACCAGUAUCAGUGAAGACACCUUUUCUGGUUUAUCAAAUCUCACAUUUCUGGCCCUUAUGAAUAACAAAAUAGCAUCCAUAGCUGCCAAUUCGUUCAGACAUCUACAAAACGUGCAAGGAAUAUUCCUUUCCUCAAAUCAGAUUAAUUAUUUUGAUUCAUCAGUCUUUUCUGGUUCAUCUACUUUACUCAUGGUUGAUGUUUCUAACAAUAAUAUAAAAGCUAUCCAAGAAAUAGCCUUUUCAGGAACAUCACUGGAAUUUCUGGAUCUAACCUCUAACCAGCUACAAAAUGUUCCAGUUGAAGCUAUAAAGCACAUGUCAGGCACUCUUCAUGAUCUCUAUCUGGGGCACAACCAAAUAACAACACUCGAAGCUAAUGUAUUUGAAGGAUUCAAUUUCAAUUCUUUGAAACUCAGUGGGAACCGUCUGUCCAACAUUGAUGCAUUGACAUUCAAUAACGCUACAGCAAUAAUAACUGACCUUAGUGACAACAGAAUAAAAACUCUGCCCUUCGAAUUCCUCUCUUUUCUGGAGCAGUCACUCAGCGUCUACCUAGGAGAUAACCCAUGGUCGUGCAGCUGUGACACAUUUUGGUUUGUGCAGUUUAUUCGUGAACAAGCUGAACUGUCGAAUUUUCUCAAGUAUAAGGAAUCAGAAUUUUCCUCAGACCCCACAUGCGGAGAACCGACGGCAUUUGAAGCUAUGCUAUUUGUUGAUGUUGCAUCGUUCUUAAAAGCAGAUUGUAAAACUACGAUAUCUACCACGGCCGAUGUAACAACAGCUGAAACGAAUGUGGCAACUACCACCACAGAUACUGUAUUAUCAACGAAGGCAUCCGCAACACGUCACGGAGAGAUGACAACUGCUUUUGUAGAAUUAACAACAACCAGCACAGAUACUACAACUGCAAAUCGUGCAAGAACCAAACGAGAUACUGCAACAAACACGUUUGACAAAACACCAGAGAGUAGUAUAGAUGUCUGGACAAAAGGGACAUACACUACCACACCUACAACAGACACACCAAUAACUUCCGAGAGCACAGAAUCAGCAAUAACAGAAGUUGUACUGACAAACGUAAAGGACAACGUAACAACAACAGAUGCACCCAUACCUCCAAAAGGCGCACACUGGACGACAAGUACCACCACAGUGAAAGUGAAGACUCGACAACUGAUAAGAGACAAAGUAUCAAACAGGCGUCUCACUGCAAAGACAAAAAUUGUUCUCGGAGUCCUUUUCGGCACCCUUAGUGUCAUCUUUGUGUUAUUUGGGUUGCAUAUAGCAUUUCGCAAAUUCAAUAUUCGAUCCAAGCUUUGUCCAAAGAAACCAAUUCUUCCGAAACACAGGGUACCGAACGCCAUUCCAGCACCGCCAGUUUCCACGAACCCAAAAUCCAACAACUGCCCAGUGACAAAGGCCGAUGCAAAAGGUAACGUAGAUGACGUAACUGCGCGUGAUGGGGACCAAACGAUGGAAGACAAAACGUCAAAGGUGGAAGAUGAGAGAAGGAGAAGAGGAACUGCCUCGUCCAUUCUUAGACCUCCCCUACCCCCAGUUCAAGUAUAA